GCGGUCGGGGGAGAGUGAUAAGAAUACCCUCGGAGAUAAGGAGAACUCGAUAACCCCGAGAGAUUCGUGAGUUGAGAGUUGAAAUUCAACAUGUCGAGGCUGUUGAAUGCAGUUCAGAGGAUUGAAUGUCGUCGGGGUUUAGUUACGGAUUCGAGGUAUGGAUUUUUGAAGCUGUUGGGACUUACCCAGGAAAAUCCAGGACUUUUUGAUGGCAGAUGGGGCGGUUCUGGACAGCUGAUAGAAUCGAUAUGCCCGGCCUCGGGGAAGACAAUUGCAAAAAUCCGGGAGUCCACCCCCCAGGAGGCGAGCAAUGCGAUAACAGAGGCGAGAAAAGCCUGGCCUCAGUGGGCAUCCCUGCCACCUCCAGCACGCGGUGAAAUCGUCCGCCAAAUCGGCGACGAACUCCGGAAGAACCUGCGACCACUGGGUCAACUGGUCUCCCUCGAAAUGGGAAAGAUUCUCCCAGAGGGAAUCGGCGAGGUCCAGGAGUAUAUCGACGUCUGCGACUACGCCGUCGGCCUCUCCAGAAUGCUUCCAGGGAGUAUCUUCCCAUCGGAGAGAAAAAACCACGCGCUCUUGGAGAAGUGGAACCCCUUGGGAGUCAUCGGCGUCAUCUCCGCCUUCAACUUCCCCAUCGCUGUGUACGGAUGGAACAGCGCAAUCGCCAUGGUCUGCGGUGACGCAGUCAUCUGGAAAGGCUCACCGACGACUCCCCUAGUCUCAAUAGCAACGACAAAAAUCAUCGCCGGUGUUCUUGAACGCAAUGGCAUCCCCGGGUCUCUCCUUGCCUUAGUCACCGGUGGGGCUGACGUCGGGGAAGUCUUAGUGAACGAUAAACGUCUACCCCUCGUCAGCUUUACGGGGAGCACAAAAGUCGGUCGAGAGGUCGCCCUGAAGGUCCAGGAACGCUUUGGAAAAUCUCUCCUGGAACUCGGAGGCAAUAACGCUCUUAUAGUUGCCAGUGACGCAGAUCUGGAGAUGGCAGUGCGUGCUGCAGUGUUCUCCUGCGUGGGAACAGCUGGCCAACGUUGCACCACCACCAGGAGAUUGAUCCUCCACUCAAAAAUCAAGGACGAAUUUCUCGGAAGACUUAAAAUUGCAUUCCAAAGUAUUUUAUCAAGGAUUGGAGAUCCACUGGAGGACAACACAUUGUAUGGACCUCUGCACAAUCAGACAGCUGUGGACAACUACAAAGCAACAGUUGCUGAAGCCGUGGCUUCUGGUGGAACCAUCGAAUUCGGUGGUAAACAAAUAGACCGUCCAGGAUUCUACGUCGAGCCGACGAUAAUUUCAGGACUUCAAAAUGACGUGGAAGUCAUUCAAUCCGAGACUUUUGCCCCCAUUGUUUAUAUUUUGGAAGGGAAUUCCAUAGAAGACGCAAUUGCCCAGAAUAAUAACGUGGAGCAGGGGCUCAGCAGCUCAAUCUUCACUAAAAGUCUCUCCAAUGUCUUCCAGUGGAUCGGUCCACAUGGCUCUGACUGUGGAAUUGUUAACGUGAAUAUUGGAACCAGUGGAGCAGAGAUUGGAGGGGCAUUCGGUGGUGAGAAAGCGACAGGUGGAGGUCGAGAGAGCGGAAGUGAUUCCUGGAAACAGUACAUGAGGAGAUCGACAGUCACGAUAAAUUAUGGAAAUGAAUUGCCACUGGCACAGGGCAUUAAAUUCGAAUGAUAAUUAUCCAUCAGUUCAUUCCUCACGUAAAAAUGAUUAUUUUACAGAAACUAUUUUUUAAUCUUUAUAAUAAAUUUUUCCCAAGAAAAUUUAA